AUGCUCUUGCAGGAGCUUUGGCUUCACAAGCUCCAAUGGGAUGAACCACUGCCAUCCCAGCUCUCAUCACGGUGGCUCAUCAUCAGAAAAGAACUCACCAGCUUGCGCAAGAUCUCAAUACCUCGGUGGUAUAACACAUGGAGUUCAUCGACAGUGGAAUUUCACGGCUUUUCUGAUGCUUCUCAACUGGCAAUGGCUGCAGUCGUAUUUAUCACCGUCCACGGCUCAAAUGGUACCACGAUUUCAUUGGUGUGCUCCAAAACAAAGGUAGCACCGCUCAAGCGGCUCACCAUCCCGAGACUUGAACUCACCGCAGCGCUGCUGCUCUCAAGACUCAUGCAAUACGUUCAAGCCACAUUAAAGUUGAACGUCACAGCAACUCACCUGUGGACGGACUCUGUUGUGACACUCACGUGGAUCAAAUCUCAUGCAUCGCGCUGGAAGGAUUUUGUGAGAAAUCGGGUCUCUCAAAUUCAAGAGCUCACUGCGAACGCACAUUGGAAAUACGUACCAGGUACGUCCAACCCAGCCGACUGCGCCUCACGAGGAUUGAGUACUGCUCAACUCCAAAGCCACUCAUUAUGGUGGACGGGACCACCGUGGAUACUCACCCCUGAAGCUUGGCCAUCACAACCCGCGCUGUCGGACGAGUUGAGCGCUCAUGAGGCUCGUCCUGGCAUUGCGCUACAUGCGGCCGCAUCUCAACCGGACUAUCACUGGGACCUGAUAUAUAGAUUCAUAUCGCUUCUGGGAAAGCGCCGACGCAAAACUCUGGACUUACACUCAGCUUUGGAGGAGGCCAGAUUUUUCUGGAUUAAGGCUACUCAAGCGGCAUACUUCACGCACGAGAUCAAGAUGCUCACGGCCAACUCGAGACUACCAACUGCUCACGCAUUCAGCCGAUUGACUGCGUAUAUAGACGCUCAAGGGAUCAUCCGAGUUGGCGGCCGCCUCAACCAAUCAGCACUAGCUCAAGACAGCAAACAUCAGGCGAUUUUGCCUCGCCACUCCCAGCUCUCAACCUUGAUCAUUUCACACGCUCAUCUGCGUACUCUGCAUGGAGGAACUCAGCUGACAUUGGCUCAUGUCAGGCAAAGCUACUGGAUCAUCGGCGGACGGGCUCCGGAUUGCACCAGAUGGGAGUUCAACCCACCAGGCGCUCCACACAUGGGGGGCAAGUGGGAGGCGGUGGUGAAAUCCGUCAAGUUUCAUCUGAGACGGACUAUCGGUGAGACUCUACUCACAACGGAAGAACUUACAACGUUGCUUACGCAGAUCGAGGCCAUUCUCAACUCGCGGCCUUUAGAACCGUUGAGUGACGACCCUGAAGACGUCUCAGCGCUCACACCAG